AUGGCUAACACUUACAAAAUCGUGGUUUUCGAAGGUCUGUUUCUGAUGUUCGGGUUCAGAGGUGACCAUUGCGGUCCGGAGGUUUCUAAGGAGGCUAUUAAGAUCCUCAAAGUCGUUGAGCAACAUUCUAAGGCCAAGUUUGAUUUUCAAAACCAUCUUCUUGGUGGUGCCUCGAUCGAUGCAACCGGAGAGCCUCUUACUGACCAAGCUCUUGAUGCGGCUAAAGCAGCCGAUGCAGUUCUUCUAGGAGCAGUCGGUGGACCGAAAUGGGGAACCGGUAAAGUGCGCCCAGAGCAAGGCCUCCUCAAACUCCGCAAGGAAAUGCAAGCAUUUGGAAACCUCCGACCCUGCAACUUCGCCGCAGAGGCCCUUGUCAAACUCUCACCGCUGAAGGAAGAAGUCUGCCGUGGCGUCGACUUCAACAUCAUCCGUGAGCUCACUGGGGGGAUCUACUUCGGUGACAGGAAGGAAGACGAGGGUGAUGGAAUAGCCUACGACACCGAGCCUUACUCUCGUCCCGAGAUUGAGCGUAUUGUCCGUUUGGCGGCACACCUGGCCUUAAAGGCCGACCCUCCGUUGCCAAUCACCUCGUUGGACAAAGCGAAUGUUCUGGCUACCAGUAGGCUCUGGAGAAAGACCGUCGAUGAGGUCCUUGGCGGGGAGUACCCGCAGAUUAAGUACCAACACCAGUUGAUCGAUUCGGCGGCCAUGAUGAUGGUUAAAAACCCCCGUUCUCUGAACGGAAUCAUUGUUACCAGCAAUCUUUUCGGAGAUAUCAUCAGCGACGAGGCGAGUGUGAUUCCCGGUAGUUUGGGGCUCUUGCCAAGCGCUAGUUUGUCCGGUAUCCCUGAUGGGAAGACAAAGGUGAACGGGAUUUACGAGCCUAUUCACGGGUCUGCUCCUGACAUUUCCGGAAAGGGAAUUGUUAACCCUGUGGCUGCUAUCCUUUCCUGCGCAAUGAUGCUGCGUUAUUCUUUGAACAUGCCUAGCGAAGCCCUAGCCGUUGAGGAAGCCGUUCGCAUAGUUCUUGAUGAUGGUUUUGGGACUAGUGAUAUCGGUGGAACGUCUACGACCUCCGAGCUCGGUGAAAGGAUUGCAGGAGCCUUAGACGCUCUCCUGAGUAAAUAGAAAACCGGGAAAGCGCGAAAGCCCAAAUUAAAUCCUAAAAUUAUCGACUAUGGCUCCUCAAAUCCGAGCUACCGGUAUAUUCAUGUUCAUAAAAGCUUGAAUUCGAGAUUCCGUCACUCAUUAA